GGGGGAGCGAUAAGCGGGAGGGAGGUGGAUACCUGAGGCAGAAGCACCUUAACCUUAGUUGAUUCUCUCUGUCUCUCUCCGCGUAAAACGAACUCCAACUUCCCCCUCACACUCCGCCGCGCGCAACUUCUCCAUCUUGAUUGAUUUCAGUCCAGCAGUGCUCUCACUGCUUCUUCAUCCUUCUCUCACUUUUCGGAUUCACUGCUGUGUAUAUACCCCAAGAAGCAAAAGAACCAACCAAGAACAUAAUGUCCACCCUCACGCCAGACCAGAUCAAAACCCUGGAGCAGUCCCGCCAACGACUUGUUCAGCUCACGCAUUCCCUGGCCUCAUUAAUCACCAGUUUGAACCAGAGUGAUCCGCUUCCUUCUUGGACCUCCCUCCAAUCCCAAGCAACAAUCAUCUCCAACAACCUCCUAACCAUCUCCGACCACCUCUCCGACAACCGCGACCUCCUCUCCACCCUCGUCGCCUACCCAGCCCCCUCCUACCCCUCCCGCAACCCCACCAACACCGUCGCCCUCGAGCAGCUUCUCCGCACGAAACUCGACCCCCGCGUCGAGGACUGGGUCGCGCGAGGCCGCAAGGCCGGCGGCGCGUUACUUCCACCUUCUUCUUCUUCCUCUGAUCAUCCCCCCUACGGGGGUUAUCCGUCCGGGUAUUCCGGCGAUAACGAUGGGAAUAAACCGCUGGAUGAUCUUGCGGCGCUAUCGGAGCUGUGGGAUUGGGCGCCUGUUGAGGCUAACCUGGAGGCGCGGCGGAGGAACUGGGGCGGGAAUUUUACGUUGGAGGAGAGAGAAAGUGGGAUUGCGAAUGUUGUCACUGGGUUGCGCAGGGUGCUCGAGGAUGAUGAGGAUGAGAGUGGAAGUGAAGAGGACGAGGAAAGUGAUGUUGAGGGGGAGGGAGAGCCGGAUGAGAUGGAGGUUGUUGGGGUUAGGAGGAGGUCUGGGGCUGGGGCUACCGGCGUUGAGUUUGAUAUUGCGCCCGCUGCUCCUUCCAGUCAUCCUGGGCAGUUGAAGGCGGUUGCGCCGGAGGUGCCGUUGGAGGAUAUUCUACGGUUUAUGACUGUUGGUGUUGUGCCGGGGCAGAGGUGAGGUGGGUUAUAUUACGGGUGGAGGUGGGAUUAAAAUGCGCGGAAGAGCUUGGCUUUGGAUUAUGCUUUUGAAAAAAGGAUAUAGAAGUGAAGCUAUUAACCCCGUCUCCGCGUGGUCGGGGUCUUGCCCGACGGCUUGGGCGACGAGAUUCCGGAGCUUGUGGCUGUUGGCUUCGGGGUCGAGGUGCUCGUCGCACUGGCGAUGGGCUUGCCCUUGGUCUUCUUGCCCUGCGACUUGGCCGGGCUGUUCCAGUAGUACAGCAUCUGGCUCGCCAGGAUCAAGUUCAGCGAGAAGCCCGCAAUGAAACCGUACAGAAUCAGCUUGUCGUCCACCUCUUGCAGGGUCGUGAAGAUGCGCGACAGCGAGCCGGCGAGAUAGUUGAAGACCUGGUUCAAUGUUUAUUUAGCUGUAGUCCUCCAGAAAUCGAAGUG